AUAAUAAUAAUCAACAAAAUCAUAAUAAUAAUGAUGAUAAAAUGUUAUUAGAAAAAUCAACAUUGGCCAAUAAUUCUAGUGACAGUAGCCAAAUUAUCAAGACGAUAUCGGCUACGAAUUCUUCUUCCUUUUCAUCAUCAUCUUCGUCAUCACCACCAACACCUUCAUUAUCAUCAACAUCAACAACAGCGACAAUAGCCACAUCUUUUCCAUCAUCAACAAAUGUAGUUGGUGACAAUACUAGUAAUAAUAAUCAAAAUAGGUCUCCAUCAAUUCCAAUUUCAGUUUCAACAAAAACUUCAAAUUCAUUAUUACCAUCAUCAACUAUUAUAACAUCCACACAAUCGACAUCAUCUGUUUCAUUGAAUUCUUCAAUAACGACGACAACGACCACCACAGCGUCGUCUAUCAUUGUUAAUAAUAAUACGGAUACAAUUGUUAGUUUUACUCAGCCAAUAAUAUCGGCUACAGACAAUACGGUAUUAUCAGCGAAAACAUCGACAACAAUUAAUAAUAAUAAUAAAAUAACGACAACACAAAAUUCAAUGAUCCUUCCACAUUCAACACCGAAUAUUUUAUUAAAUAUUAAAUCUGAACAAGAAUCACCGCCUGCUAAUCUGAAAAAUACGAAAAAUAACACUGCCAUUUGUUUGGAUCAAUCACAUCAUAAUCAUCAACAGACGCAACUUCAACAUCAAACACAUCAACAACAACAAUUGAAUCCAAAUUCCGAACCAUUGACUGAAAAUAAUACUGAUCCGAAUCUACCACCACCCCCACCAUCGUCAUCAUCAUCCACGGCAUCUCAAUCACCGACUAAUAAUCUCAAUAAUAAUUUGAAUAGCACUGCGAAUACAGUAUCCGGCAACAUGUUAGCCUCAAGCGGUUCAUUAACCGCUAAUACUCCAAAUAAUAAUCAUAUGAUGGAUUAUCAUACACAACAGCAACCACCCCCUCCAUCAUCAUCUUCAUCAUCAUUAACCAGUGGUCAUCAUCAUCAUCAUCAACCACAACAUCAUCAAUCACAAAUGAGUGGCGGCCAACAUCCAAAUCUAGCAUUAACACCGCAACAACAACAGCAAACAAUGUUACCGUUAAUGAAUAAUAAUAAUCAACAGCCAACAAUUAGUGUUGCUGCAGUUGUCACUGCUGCUAGUUCGUCACCAAAUUCCGAUCCAAAGGAUUGUAUUGAAGAAUUAUGUCCAGUCUGUGGUGAUCGUGUUUCCGGUUAUCAUUAUGGCCUAUUAACCUGUGAAUCUUGUAAAGGGUUUUUCAAACGUACAGUGCAGAACAAAAAAGUUUAUACUUGUGUAGCUGAUCGUAAUUGUCAUAUUGAUAAAUCGCAACGUAAACGAUGUCCAUAUUGUCGUUUUCAAAAAUGUCUCGAUGUCGGCAUGAAGCUUGAAGCUGUUCGUGCUGAUCGUAUGCGUGGUGGACGGAAUAAGUUCGGACCAAUGUAUAAAAGAGAUCGCGCUAGACGGUUACAAAUAUUACGACAAAAACAACUAUCAAAAGCACAUCAUGUUGUUGGGGUUGGUAAUGGCGGUAGUCUCGGACCUCCUGGUGCUACAAUAUUACCAGGAUCUGCUGCUGCUGCUGCCGCAGCAGCCGCUGCCAAUGAAGCUCUCAACUUUUUGAAUACCGCGCCUGGUUCGCACGCUGGCUCCAUAUUCGAUGGAGUGAAACCCGAAUUGAUACAAAUUCCGCAAUUAUCUUCAUCAACAUCUUCACCUGAUUCAUCACCAUCGCCUGGAUCAACGGCCGGUGUAGCAGCUGCUGCAGCUGCGGCUGCUGCUGGUCAACUACCAAAUGUCGUUGCCGCAGCUGCUGCUGCUGGUCAUCCUCAUUUCAUGUCACCUUUGGUUCCAUCCACUUUACAGCAACAAUCAUCCAAUCUGGCUGGUGCCAAUCUUUCACAAUCCAUGAUGAGUGGUGGUGAUCAACAUAUAUUGAAAUGGGGUCCAAAUGGCCCGGGUCCAAGCAAUAAUAAUGGUAAUAAUACAGGUCCCAGUGGCAAAUCUGGGCUGCAGCAACAGCAACAACAACAGCAUUAUGAGACCAAAUUGGUUCUGCCACAAUUGAUGAGAGAAUUACAAUUAUCAAUGUUAGAUGAUAAAGAAUGGCAAUCACAAUUAUAUAGCCUAUUACAAAAUCAAACAUAUAAUCAAUGUGAAGUUGAUCUAUUUGAAUUGAUGUGCAAAGUUAUUGAUCAAUCAUUGUUUGCUCAAGUGGAUUGGGCUCGUAAUUCCAUAUUUUUCAAAGAUUUAAAGGUUGAUGAUCAAAUGAAAUUAUUACAAAAUGCCUGGAGUGAUAUGUUAGUGUUGGACCAUAUACAUCAGCGGAUACACGCCGGUUUACCGGAUGAAACUACCUUACCUAAUGGACAAAAAUUUGAUUUAUUAUCAUUGGCAUUGUUAGGCGUACCACAAGUAGUCGAUCAGUUACACCGAGUUACGGCACGGUUACAAGAACUUAAAUUCGAUACAAAUGAUUAUAUAUGUCUUAAAUUUCUAUUGUUACUAAAUCCCGAAGUUCGAGGUUUGACAAAUUUCAAAUUAGUUCAUGAUGCAUAUGAACAAACGAAACAAGCAUUAUUGGAUUAUUGUCUCAAUUUUUAUCCACAAAUUACGGAUAAGUUCAAUCUUUUAUUUGCAUUGGUACCCGAAAUACAUGCUCUCACAUUAAGGGGGGAAGAUUUUCUUUAUUAUAAACACAUGAAUGGUUCAGCACCAACGCAAACAUUAUUGAUGGAAAUGUUACACGCAAAAAAGAAAUGAUCAACAUUUUUCCUUUCAUAGAAUAUAAUUAUUAUUGAUUGUUAAUGAAUAUAUAACAAAAAAAAAUUGAUAUUUUAUAUUUGUAUCUAUGUAAUUGAAUC